AUGGGACACCUCUGCCACCAGCAGCCCCCCGCAGCCACCCCCCAGCGCUGCCGGAGGAAGGCAGGGGACGGCGCGGCGCUGCCGGGGUCCCCGCUGCUCCUCCUCUUCCUCCUCCUCGCCUCCUCGAUGUCUGCCUGCAAAGGUGCACCGAUGCCAACCCAAGCACUCAAGGCAGAUCAGGAUUUGCAGCUGUGGAAAGAGAUAGACGAUGCAUGUUCCGCCUACCUGUCCACAGAUUCUCAGCCUCAGGCAUCCAGUGUGCUGGAAGAGCUUUGUUUUCUGGUCAUGGGUUUUCUCCAGAAACCACAGGGUUCAGAUGAAAAAGACAACACCAAAAGGUUCUUAUUUCAUUAUUCUAAGACUCAUGACUCAGGCAACCCAGACAUCACGUCAUCUGUCCUGCAUCCUUUGCUGCAACUUGUUCCCCAGCUUAAUGAGAGAAGACUGAAGAGAUACAAAGUGGACGAAGCACUUCAAGGACCUGGAGGGAUUCAAAGUAGAGGCUAUUUUUUCUACAGGCCACGUAACGGAAGGAGAUCAGUGGAUUUUCGUUAA